AUGUUCCGAAGAGUCGCAGCAGCAGUACCCGCCCAGGCCGGCAGAGUGCUUUCCACAGUCGCCAGGCCGAGCAUCGCAUCGCCUCUCCGCACAGCAGCACCUGCAGUAUCAGUAGCCGGAAGGCGGCAAUACCAUGAGAAAGAUAAGUCGUCCCCGCGCAACCCAAAUACUCCACUGCUCGACCAUUACUCACGCCCGCGUAAUGUAGGUUCCAUGUCCAAGGCUGAUGCGGAUGUCGGCACCGGUCUCGUCGGCGCGCCUGCCUGCGGCGACGUCAUGAAACUGCAAAUUCGCGUAGACCCCAACAACAACACCAUCAGCGACGUCAAGUUCAAGACGUUUGGCUGCGGAAGCGCGAUUGCGAGCAGCAGUUACCUGACGGAGCUGGUGCGGGGCAUGACACUCGAGGACGCGGCGAGGAUCAAGAACACUGAGAUUGCGAAGGAGCUUUGCUUGCCGCCUGUCAAGUUGCACUGCUCCAUGCUUGCCGAAGACGCAAUCAAAUCCGCCAUCUCAAACUACUACACCAAGAACCCUAACGCACGGCACACAGACCUCGGCGGCAAGUCGGCGCCGUUGCCGAAGAUCGAGGUGGAGACUGUGUCUGCGACGGCAUAG